AUGAGUGCUGCUCAAUAUGCUCGACUUGUACCCAAAAAGUAUCGGUCUCGAACACUUCCAAAAAUCGAUCGGCCGUGGAGGCCACGCGUUAUCGCAUGGGCUGGUCCGGCAGCAUUCUAUCCGAAUAGAUUCUAUGAAAUCGAUAAAUGGUACAAGGCACGUAUUGAUAAACCAGAAAAGCUGCCAGAGAUGCAUAUAAUCGAUCCGGCUGAUCAUAUGAAGUCACUCAAUGAGUUGAUGAAGAAGCCCGAGAUCGAACCAAUCAACAUUGGAUUCAAGAAGCGUGAAGAAAAAGUGAAAUCAGAAAAAUCAGAACAAGAUCGAGCAGAAUUGGAGAGAAAAUCCAGACAUAUGCAGUUGAGAAUCGACAUCGACUCGCUAUCCGUUGAAAACCUUUCCGUCUACCGACAUUUCCAAGUAUUCGAUCAUUUAUUCGGAGACAAUGUAUUCUUUGAGAAUGUCCAAAGACUGGAAGUUAAUUAUUCGGAUAAUGUAAUUCACAAUGGAAAUAUUCUCACUGCAUCAUCUACAGUAACUCGCCCAGAAGUAACAAUCGAAAGUGUUGGAAACGGAAAAGGAUUCAAUACACUUUUUAUGGUUAAUUUGGAUGGAAAUGGAUUUGAGGAGAAGAAGAAUAAUGGAGAAAUGGUUCAAUGGAUUGUGUCGAAUAUUCCAGAUGGUGAAAACAUUGAAAAAGGAGCAGAAGUUAUAGAAUAUUUACAACCAUUACCAUUUUAUGGAACUGGUUAUCAUCGUGUUGCUUUUGUUCUUUUCCGACACUCUCAGCCAGUGGAUUUAAAGCUUGAUGGUUCCACCCUUGAAAAUCGUAUUCAUUCGAUCUCUGAACUUUACAAAUCUCAUGAAAAUCUGCUCACUCCGUCUGCAAUUCGAUUCUUCCAAACAUCAUACGAUAACAGUGUGAAAACGAAACUUCAUUCUCUUGGCCUGAAAUCGCCGUUGUACGACUAUGAAUAUCGCCCAGCACUGAAACCAGAUCAAAGAGAAUUCCCAGAAAAACCACAGCCAUUUGAUUUAUAUUUGGAUAUGUAUCGGGAUUCGAAAGAAGUUGAAAAGGAGAUUCUGGAGAAGAGAUUGAGUGAAAUUAAAUUGGAUAAUGUUGAGGAACCAAAGUGGAUUGAUCCAGACUACGUAGAAAACAAAAAGAAGUUACCCGCAUGGCUUCACGCGAAGAUUCUGGAGAGAAAAGGAGUCGGACACGGAAAAUAUCAUAAUGAUGUGCAGUAG